ACAGGCAUCUGGCGUCUUUUUAGGAGAGGUGGAGACGACGGGGAAACCGAGGGGAAGGCCACACGCGCCCACCUUGGUGAAGAGAACCAGUUUUACUACAAUAAAGAGCUCAAGAGAUGGCUUAUUCGAGGCGAGGAAGAUCUUGUGCAGCAGCUGGAGACACCUCCGCCUCCCCCUGCAGCAACGGCAACUACGGAAACGACGGCAAAUAGUACAGGGCAACCAGAAAAAAUCUCCUCCUCCAUGGGGAACAUGAGACGAAUGAGAGCUCGUGGCGCUGCCAGUUUAUACACUGCGACCCCUGGGCUGUCAACGAAGAGCAGCUGCAGUACGGAUGGAAGGAAAAAGCCCUUAGCCUUUGUGAUGCCUCCCUACAGGCUGCAGCAACUGCAGCGGCAGAGUCUAGCACGCGGGUCUCAGGCAGAACCAGAGAGUUCGCUGGGAGGAGCAGCAGAAGAUGCAUCUCCUCCUCCUCCAAGUGCUGAUAGCACAAUUGACAAAGAAGGCUGCAGGGUGCGCGCUGCAGUGUCGGAGCCUCCGCUGGGUGAGAGCCCUGGCUGGAUGGUGGCGGAGGAUGACAAACAUGGGCAGCAGCAACAACAAGCUUCCAUUGAAGAAGCGGGAUCUUCCGAUGCAGCGGAAGUGCUGCAGCAGCGUCUGAAUCCUGAUUCAACUGCCCAGUGCUCCACUGGCGCACCCUCACCCCCGAAGGGUGAAGCAAGUGCGCAUUCUUAUUACUUAGGCGUGCAGGAGAAGCAACCGCAGCAGGAGCCACAGCUCCAACCCACAAAGGACUCUUGUUCAACAAAUGGCGUGAAGCCGUUGCUCGGGGUGCAGUACCAAAAUGAAGCGGAUAGAAAUUUGCCGGAAGGCAGCUUACACCGAAAAGGACAAGAGCAGAAAGAGGGCAACGAGUACUUGCUAACCGAUCCGGAGCCUCUCCAACAGCAGCAUCUUGAACUGAGCGAAGAUCUUUCAGGGGAUACAACUCCAGAGCAUCAGCAAUACAAAGUGUACGCAGCAGCCGUGGUGCACUUUCCCGAAGGCCCGAACGGCCUUCCCGCCGCUCUGACUGCGGCACCAGUAGAAGGCGCAGCCUCGACAGAAAUCUCUGCUGCAGCUGAACCGAUGCGGCAAAGAGAGCUCAACAGCACUGGGAACGCGAGCCAAAGAGCAGUAGUCACCAUCGGAUCCCAGGAUUUUGGUGCAGGACCGGGUUCUCUGGAUGCUGCCCCUGCAGAGUGGAGGCAUUCGAUGGAAACGCAAUUCCAGCCGCUGCAACAAGUGCAGAAGCCGCCGCAGGAGCACUCCUCAGUUGCUCAGCCGCUUGACCAGGAACACAUUCUAGAAACUCCUAACGCUCUGGGCAGUCCAUGCAACAUGGGAGCCCCUUUGCAUUCUAGUGACCCUCUUAUCGAUGACUCGGAAGGCAGGGGUUCGCAGGCAGCUGUUAGUAGUGCGACUCCUGCUUUACAAGCAGAAACCAUGGCAGUAGCAUGUCCUGUAGCUGCCUCCAGUAGAGAUCAAUCUAGCAGCUCGGCGUCGUUUAGUACAGAGGAAACAUCGGCGACAGCGGCCUCGCACCAUCCGUCCACGGAGCCGUGUGGCUAUUUACCCGCGUGUGUAGCAGAUCUUCAGCAGCAGGAGGAUCAGCAGGAGCAUGUGGACGAAGCGGAAAAGCAGCGUCAGCUGCUGCAGCGGAAUGAGCAGCAGCAGAUGUUGCUGCCACGGAGCGAGCAUCAGCAUAACCUGCAGCAAGAAGUAUUUAUGGAGGACUUUCUCCCUGGCUUCGCGCGGGCUGUGCAGGAUCUCGAGAAGAGCAGCGGUGAAACUUUGAGACAGUUGGCGGCCUUGCAGCAGCAAGUGGGGGCUCUGCGAUCUCGUAAUGCGUGUCUAACAACGAACAUACGGCAGGUGAUUGAGCACUUGCUUUCUGGUGAGGAAAUCCUGGUUGAUCGACAACGAGCGGCACAGCUUGUGCAGGAUGCCAUCGUUGCCGCUGCUGCUGAGUGCCCCUCACCCAUGGGGACAGACUCCGAGGCGCAGCCCUCUCCAGCCUGCAGCGGUAUUUCGGAUGCAGAAGCAGCUCUCGAGGAAGCACAUGGGGCAGUCUCCGCCCUGACGCAAAUGUUGGUCGAACAGAUGGAGCGGAAUAGGCAACUUCAAGAGGAAGAUAUGCACUUCGAUGCGGACGUGGUGCAAUUUAUAAGUCAGCUGCAGCAGCAGCACGGAUCUCUGGAGCCGUUUCUACAGCAGCAGCUGCUUCUGCAGGAAGCCCACAUAGAGCAGCAGGAGAGCAUAGCCAACCUAAAGCGUAUGCACGAUGACCUCAGCAGGCGGAUGGAGGAGAGCUGUGCCCGCGCUGCUGAUCUUGAAGCACAGAUGGUGCUAGCAGUGGAGAAGAAACGAGAGUUGCAGGAACAGCUUGGAAGCACGCAGCAGGAGUUGCAACAGCAUCACCAGCUGUUGGACCAGUUACAGCAGGAGCAUGCCGCGGGAGCAAGAGACCUGCAGCAGCAAUCGGAACACUGGCAACAGCAGCUUCACGCGUCGGAGCAGCAGCUACAAAAGCUGCAACAGGAAACACAGCAGCAGACGCUGUUGCUGCAGGAGCUCCAGGAGCAGCUGCAGGCAGCAGUUGAGCGUGAAGCAGCAGCCACUGCAGCAAGAGUGGCAGCAGAAAUUGCGCAGAAAGACGCGCAAAACCAAGUUGCAGAGGCACUACGUUCAAGCGAAAAAUUGCAGCAGCUCUUGCAGCAGCGCGAACAAGAACAGAUCAAGCUGAGUACAGCCUUGAAGGAGAAGCAAGAGGCAUUGGAUAGUGCUCUGUCCUUAAGUGAACAGCAACAGGAAGGUGCUGCGCAGUGGCGGCAGGAGCAAGAGGGUCUGGAAAGGCAACUCCUUGCGCGAGAGUUUUUGGUUGAAAAAUUACAGUCGGAGGUGAAUAGCUUGUUGUUAAAGCAAGGGCAGCUCCAGGAGCAGCACGCGGCUAAAUUGGAGCAGCAGGAGAGGGGGCACGCCACGCAGCUAGAAGAGCUUACAACGCAGCAUGCGGAGGCCCUGAUACACCUGGAACAGGAGAAGCAGAAGUUAGCAUUGGAGCAGCAGUGCAUUGCUGCUGCACAUCAAGAGGAAGUUGAUCGUGCGCAGCAGAAAGUGGAUGCGCUGCAGCAACAGUUGGCCCAGCAGGAGGAACAACACGAGCUCAUGGCGCAACGGCAACAGGAGGACCUGGAGCAGUUUUUGCGCAGAUUGCAACAGCAGGAAUAUGCGGCGAAGGAGCAGUUGGAGCUGCUGGAGCAGGAAGUAGAAGAGAAACGUCUUCUGGUGGAACAAUAUGGCAUGCAGAACGAGGACUUCAGCAGACAGGUUCAGGUGCUGCAGCGGCGGCUCCAGGAAGCGGCAGCGUUUGCGGAGGAGCGGCUGCAGAGUGUGCAGCAGCAACUUGAGGAGACGACGGCGUCCCUUGAGACGGAGCGCAAGACGGCUGAGCAUCAAUUGCAGGAAGCAGCGUCUGCGGUCCAGGAGUCCAAACGACAGCAAGAAUUAUUCAGUCAGAAAUAUGAAGUACUCAAAAAGGAAUACGACGUUUUGCAGCAGCAGCAUACACACGAGAAGACCGAGCUGGAUGAAAGGGUGAAGGGUUUGGAGGAGCAGCUGCUGGCGCAGCAGAGGCUCCUGCAAGCUGCACGUGAAGAGCUGCUGCAGCAGCCGAUCAUGCUUCAGCAGAAGCACGAAGAAGAUGUGCAGCACCAACUAGCGGCACUGCGCCAGCUCGAAUUAGAAGAUCGCGAGAAGCUGCAGCAGGAGCAUGAUCAGAUUUUGGAGCAACAGCAAGAGAAGCACGCACUGUUGACGCAGCAGCUGCGGGAGCAACACGCGCUAGAACAGCAGCAGAUGCAGCAGCGCAUGCAGCAGGAGCACCAGGAACAGCAAGAGGCACUGCGAAGCCACUUUGAGCAUCUGUGGAACGAAGAAAGCAGUAAAAUGGUGGCAGCAAAUGCUGCAGUCGUGGAGCAACUGAAGCAGGUGCAACAGCUGCUAUUGGAGGAGCAGCAGCAAUUAGAGUCCUCUGAGGCUCAACGGGAGGCUCUCGCCAGAGAACGAGAGGAGGCGGCAGUUUUAAGGGCUCAGAUGGUGUCCAGGACGUCAGAGGCAAUAAGAUGGGAGCAGCGCAGCAAGGCUUUAGAGCAACAGAUUGAGGAACUGUUGAAGCUGCGACGUACACCUGAUGCAGAGAGCCAAGCAGCGAUGGAAGCCGAGUUGCAUCAGUUGCGUCAGCAGGUUAUUGAGAAAGUUCGGCUCUCGCAGCGGUUGCAGCACCAGUUGGACGAGCAGGUAGCGUCUCAACGAGACAGGUUAGGUGAAGUCAAUGCUAUGCUUGAGCGUCAGGAGGAGGCUAGCAAGCAGAAAGACUUGCGCUUACGAAGUGUUGAGGAGGAGCUGCAGGCUCUGCAGCAACUGCUGCAGGAUACUGUAGAUGUGAAGCAGCUUGAGGCUGCACGUGCAGAGGCCGCAGAAGGUAACCGCCGAGCCCAAAGACUGGAGUCAGACCUCAUUGCUGCCACUGCAGAGCUAGACGCCUUGAGAAGGUCUUUAGUUGUGGCGGAAGAGCAGCUUCGCAAGCAGCGGUCGGCUACUGAGGCCAUUGAGGCAUCCCACGCUGAGGCUGUUGCAACCGCAUUGGCCUCACAUCGCCGCCAAGAAAUGAGAGAAGCAGGCACACAAGCCACGGGAGACGAGAUGCCCAAUUCCAUGCCGCCCGCUUGGGAGGAUCUGAAUCUGAAGACACAAAAGGUGCAACAGAGGAAUGAAGAGCUCUCUGUCCGUAACACAACCCUGACGCGCAUCAGUGACUUUCUGUCCAGACGAUUGCAGUUUAUGGAGCGCGCACUGGCUGAGAUGGGACCCCAUGGUUUGGUUGUUAUUGAGGAUUGCGACAGAAACGUCGUUCUCACCCCAGCUGAUAUUGAGCCUUCGUCCAAUGGAACGCCAGUCCCUGACCUAGUGCCGGUGCAGAUAGAUGCAGCCUGUAAUGCAGCAAAGAGUUUUUCUGGUUACCAUAAAUCUAGGAGCCAGGAUCCUCUAGCUGGACAGGGUGUGCCUGGGUCUCCGGUAGACAUGAGUGCCGAGACCUCGCAGUCAGCCCAGGGCGCCAAAGUGGCCUCGACUAAUAUGUACAUUGCACCGUCGAAUAGCGGAGAGAACGUUGCGACUCCAGUAAGCCGCCUACCCCCGAACCCUCCGGCAUUUCUACGGGAUGUGAAGGCAUCCUCCAAGGUGUGA